AACAGAUCCUCCACUCACGCGGAAGUUGUGACUCUGCACGUAAUGAAUAUGUAUUAGUCCGGGAAUCAUUCUUUGGGACUUCGUGUGAAGUAAAGACGCACUAACCAGGUUUUCAGUCUUAGACAGAGAGAUGUCCGACAGCAGCGGGGCAGUCCUGCUGUCAUAUGAAACACUGGUGCACGCUGUGGCAGGUGCAAUGGGCAGUGUUACAGCAAUGACGGUGUUUUUCCCUCUGGACACAGCCAGGAUCAGACUGCAGGUGGAUGAAAACCGAAAGUCCCAGUCCACCCCCAUCAUUCUGGCUGAGAUAGCGAAGGAGGAGGGCAUAUUGUCUCUGUAUCGUGGCUGGUUUCCAGUCAUUUCUAGCCUGUGCUGCUCUAACUUUGUGUACUUCUACACAUUCAACACAUUGAAGAGAGUGAUGGUCUCGGACCGGUCCAAGCCUGCCAAAGAUUUGCUCAUGGGCUUCAUAUCAGGAGCUGUCAAUGUGCUCCUGACGACUCCCAUGUGGGUGGUGAACACACGACUGAAGCUCCAGGGCGCAAAGUUCAGGAACGAAGAGCUCCAUCAGACCCACUAUAAGGGAAUAUUUGAUGCCUUCUCCCAGAUAAUAGCGAGUGAGGGAGUGGGAACGCUGUGGAACGGGACGCUACCGUCUCUCGUGCUGGUGUUCAACCCCGCUGUGCAGUUCAUGUUCUACGAGGCCAUGAAACGAAGAGCAGCACGUGGAGGCAGGAAGAUAUCAUCAUUUGAGAUCUUUCUCAUCGGAGCCAUCGCUAAGGCUAUUGCAACAUCUGCAACGUACCCUCUGCAGACGGUUCAGGCCAUUCUGAGGUUUGGCCAGUAUAAAUCAGACGGUAAAGGGGGUCUAGUGGGCAGCCUGAGGAACGUGGUUUCUUUGCUGAUGGACCGGAUCAAGAGACAUGGGCUCUUGGGUUUGUAUAAAGGUCUAGAGGCGAAGCUGCUGCAGACCGUGCUGACGGCGGCCCUCAUGUUCGUGGUGUAUGAAAAGAUCACUGCCGCCACGUUCAAACUCAUGGGCCUCCAAAAGAAACUCAAGCACUGAGAUACGGUUAGCCUUCACCACGUGCGCUAAUUAGUGACUACCUCUAAUCCACGCCCUCAAGAGGAGCUCCACACAUCCCAGUAGCCACUGCUACGCUUACAUGGGUUAAUCUGGCCACGGUUUCAGUCCUGCCACAACACAGUUCAGUUUAAAGCAAACAAACGAAAAACAUUUAUUAUCCUGUUUUUAACAUAUUUCUUUUAAAAACUUUACAUUGUUAUUAUGUCUUAAUAUCAGAAACUUGGUUAAUGUUGUAAAACUUCUUAAAAGCCAUAAGUCAAAAUAUGCAACAUAGAGUCUAGCAUUUUAACCCAAUGCAAAUCAUGAGGUUGGUUAUGAGUGUUCCCGAACUUAAAGGAGAUCGUUAAACCCAACAGCUUCAAUCAGUAAUGAACAUUUUAAUCCGUUCCUCACAUAAAGCUUUUCUAUGACUUCAGAAAGCUACAUGGCUCACAUGUUUUAUGUACUACUUUUAUGGUGUACUUUUAAUAUAAAAGAGCAGUGUGAACAUUCUUCAGAGAAUUCUUUGUGCUUCACAGGAAAGUCAGUCUUAUAUACAUUUGGCACAAUCCAGUAGAGCCUUAUGUGCUGCUAUGUCACGUGACAAACCAGCCAAACAAAUUUGUUUUAACAUCAGUAUUAUAAAAGGAGAAAAUCUGGGAGCGAUCAGUACUUCUGCAUGCCAUCUCACUGAUCCUCCACAUCAAUGUUACUGAAAUAGAACUGAAAGCCUGUUUUUGUUUACUUUUGUACAAUUUUGGCAUUACUUGAUGUCCGAUGUAAAAUCUGAGCCCUGGAGGAAAACCGGCUGAGAAGCACCAAUGUAACCGAUGUUUUUCCUUUAUGGUUGCACUUUAACAUCUCUCCCAGUUUAAUUGAGCAUGAGUUUUGUUCAGUCACUUUUAGCAUUCAUGAAAGGCAUUUAAAAGUGCACAUCUCCUCGUAAACGAGCUUGAGGUCAAAGUUGAUUUAUUCACCCCAUACUUGCCUUAAAUCAUGUCUUUUUUGGAGAGAAACUGAAGUCUCACCUGUUGUGUGUCAAUGAAACUGGUUUGUCUUGUGGAGCAUAUACAGUAAAUAUAUUAAAAACUAAAAGCGUUUACAUCAUGAAAUUGCAGCUAAGACUUUGUACUUGUUUCUUUUUCACAAUUUACAGCACAUAUUUUGUACUUUCAUUUGUAUAGCCUCUGUUAUUAAACUGCACUGUACUUUAUGGCAUGUCUAAAUGAAUUUUAAUAAAAGCUAUGAAAGAAA